AAAGAAUCCCAACGAACAAGGAAGUUGGUUUCUAUGCAAUCUCUCUAAAAACAACCAAUCAAAUAAUCAAGAAAAUUAGGGAAAGAUUCAAGAUCAAAUCUUUUUGGGAGAUGGGAAGCUGACGUCAAUUCGAGUUUCCUUCUUCCUUCCUUCCUUCCUCCCCACCCACAAAUACCCACAUCCCAUACAUGCAUUCUUCACCGAUUUCUGUUUUUUAGGGCUAGAUUUUGAAUGAUUUUUCUCACGAUCAUGAACCAAGGAGAAGCCAAGCAACUGGACGACGGCAAUGGCGGCGGUGAUCCUGCUGCUGGACUGACGUAUCAUCCUCCGAUCAAUUUCGCAGCUGUUGAAGAUCGAAUCUACAGAUCUGGAUUCCCUCAACCUAGAGACUUUCCGUAUCUUGAUACCCUGCAGCUUCGAUCUAUCAUAUAUUUGUGCACUGAACCAUAUCCAACGGAGAAUUUGGAAUUUCUGAAUGCUCGCAACAUUCGCCUCUUUCAGUUUGGGAUCGAUGGCACAAAGGAUGCAAAGAUUUCCAAGGGUACCAUCACGGAUGCUCUUAAAGUUCUAAUCGACGUUAGAAAUCAUCCUGUUCUGAUUCAUUGCAAACGCGGAAAGCAUCGAACAGGGUGUCUGGUCGGGUGCCUAAGGAAGCUGCAGAAUUGGUGUUUGUCUUCGGUUUUGGAAGAAUACAAGUUUUAUGCAGGCGAGAAAUCGAGGGACAUGGAUUUGAAGUUUUUAGAGACAUACGAUGUUUCGUAUCUAAGACAGUGUCUUCACAGCAUAAUCUACCAGUAUCAUGGAUACGGCUCUAAGAAGAGGCGGUUGCUCUACAAAGACGACGUUCAACACAAAUCGCGGAUAAGUUCUGCUUAGGUCGAAUCAUCGUUAUUCGAACAGAUUUCCGUUCUUUUAAGGAUUUUCUCGGUUUUCGUUUUCUCCAUAGGAUGUCGUCGUAGUUCUAGUUCGGAUAUAAAUACAUCACAGAAAAGAUUGAUUACGGUUUUUAGUUGGUUUUAUUAAGAGAAGUUGUCUAGUGUUCUUCAAGGAUGCAGUGUACAGGUUUCAUUCUACUUCCAUC